CAUUCGGUGAGCAAGGAGCUCAGGAGCUGUAGCCAUGGAGAGGAGAAGCAGCGGUGCUAGCGCGAGCGUCGUCGUCGUCCUGCUCGCCUCCUUCCUCGCGGGGUGCCAUGGCGCGCGCGACGUCCCCGCCGAGCCGGAGAAGCCUCUCCGGCCCCAGAACGUGUUCGGGUUCGGCGGCUUCUAUCCCGGCCCGUCCAUCAACUGGGUCUUCCCGGGCCCCAACGGCGUCACCCCGCAGGUCGGCUUCGGCGGGAUGCCGGGGGGCUCCACCGCCUUCCCGGGCGUCGGCGGUCGUGGUGGUGUCUCGCCGUUCACCCCCGGCGGCGGCGGCGUGGUUGGCAUCCACGGUGCUGGUGCUAGUGCUGGUGCUGGUGGCGCGGCGAAGAAGCCGUGACAGGCGGGCGACCGGGCGCCUGUGUUGGUGGGUUGGGGAGCCGUGAAGUUGGGUAGAGCUUCCUGAGUGUGCUGUUGUGAAGGAGUUGGCGGUGGUACAAGCUUGUUUGUGGUUUGCUCUGGUUGUGGUCACUUGUUGUGUGCUGGUUAUCAGUGCUUGGUAUCCUGUGUCUGUACCUGUGUGUGAAGGACUUCCUCUGUCUCUAUGUGCGUGUUGUGCUUAAGGAUGGCAGGAUUCAGGAAAGAUCCCCACUGGGUGUGGUUAUGUUCUCGUUCC